CGGGCGCGGGUGACAACCUCGGUGUAUCAAGUGCUACCCCGAUUCCAAAGCUAGUAACCAUGCAUCGUUCUUCGGCUACUUGUUCUAUGUCUAACGGCCUCAUCGCUCUGCAUCCGGCUCAGGUUGACUUCACUUUUCCAGACCUUGAAAGAGAUACAUCAACAGAUCAUCAUAGAUGGCUUUGAUUGCUGCAGGAGCAGCUGGCACAGCAGCCAUAGCUGCCUACCUAAACGCAAAGUUCCAUAUCGUAUACGAUCUGCAGAAUGCUCGUGGUGGUCUUGCACCGUCACCAGAUGUGAUCGACUAUAUCACUGAUCGGGUGGUAAAGAAGCGAGUAUUAACCUACCACAUCUUGGAAGACCACGCUCUGCGCAAUCGACCGAACCAUCCAUUCUUGAUCUUCGAGGGCAAGACAUGGACAUACAAGGAGUUCUUCGACGCGAUUACAAGGGUUGGGAACUGGCUCAUGAAUGACCUGGGAGUGCAGGUCGGGGAGGUUGUCGCGAUUGACGGAGGAAACAGUCCAGAAUACUUGAUGAUCUGGUUUGCAUUGGAUGCGAUUGGCGCAAGCAUAAGCUUCAUCAACUGGAAUUUGACUGGAACAGGUCUUGUGCACUGCGCCAAGUUGUGCGAAACCAGACACCUCAUUGCAGACACCGAUGUCAGAGGCAAUGUCGAAGCCAGUCGUACUGAGCUGGAAGGUCUUGGGGUCACAAUCCAUUACUACAACCCGACAUUCAUGGCUUCGCUAUCUGAUAGCACAAUUAUCCCUGAGUCGCGACGAGAGAACGUCAGCGUGGAAUCAGUCCGUGGAUUAAUCUACACCUCUGGAACGACUGGCCUCCCCAAAGCUGUGGCCAUGACUACCGGCCGUGAGCUGCUCGUCGGAUACUCAACAGCACGGUAUCUGGGCUUGAAGCCAGAAGACAAGAUGUAUACAUGUAUGCCUCUUUAUCACGGCGCAGCACAUGGCUUAUGUGUCACACCCACCAUCCAUGCCGGUAGUACUGUGGUGCUUGGUCGAAAAUUCUCGCACAAGACAUUCUGGCCUGAAGUCGCAGCAUCAGGUGCAAACCAUAUCCAAUAUGUAGGAGAAUUGUGCAGAUACCUGCUCAACGGCCCUCCAAAUGCCUAUGAGCGCAAACACAAUGUCAAGAUAGCAUGGGGAAAUGGCAUGCGUCCAGACGUGUGGGAGCCAUUCCGCGAGCGCUUCAACAUCCCCGUCAUCAACGAGCUCUAUGCAGCUACUGAUGGACUCGGUGCAACGUUCAACCGAAAUGCUGGGCCGUUCACAGCGCACACAGUUGGUCUUCGAGGUCUGAUUUGGAACUGGAGGUUCAAAGAUGAGGAGGUCAGAGUGAAGAUGGACGUCGAUACGGAAGAGAUCAUGCGCGACGAGAACGGCUUCGCGAUACGAUGUGGUACGGACGAGCCUGGGCAAGUACUGCAUCGCUUGACUCCAGAGACUUUGCCGAGUGUCCCAGGAUACUAUAAUAACGACGGAGCGACUGCGAACAGGAGGAUAACAGACGUGUUUCAGAAGGGAGACAUGUGGUUCAAAUCUGGCGACAUGAUGCGACAAGACAGCGACGGCCGCGUGUUCUUUGUCGACAGGUUAGGCGACACGUUCCGUUGGAAGUCCGAGAACGUAUCAACGAAUGAAGUUGCAGACAUGAUCGGCAAAUUUCCACAGAUCGCAGAAACCAACGUGUAUGGUGUGCAAGUCCCAGGCUACGACGGUCGUGCGGGCUCAGCAUCGAUAGUCAUGGCGGAGGGCGUGACAGACUCGACGUUUGACUUCCAGGCGUUGGCGAGACAUGCCCGAGCGGUGCUGCCUGGUUAUGCCGUGCCGCUCUUUCUACGGGUGACGUCUGCGUUGGAGUACACAGGGACGAUGAAGAUCCAGAAAGGCAGGCUCAAGAAGGAAGGUGUGGAUCCGGAUAAGAUCACUGGUGACGACAGGCUGUACUGGCUGCCCCCCACUGGCGAUCGAUACCAACCAUUUGGGAGGAAAGAUUGGGAAGGCAUCAAGAACAAGAGUGUACGACUCACAUAGUUUCGAGACCAUAACAUGUAGAGAAUGAGCAAAUUGUACGAAGUGGUCUGAAUCGUGGUCA